GAUUGAGACUCGCACGUACAAUCCGUACGUCAAUACCACGUUUGGACAUAGCGAUGAGAUAAGGAUACCCAUACAGCAGCAGGAUUUAUACACGCUACCUUGUGAAAGCUUUCUCAACAUUGAAGGAAGAUUGACUUCAAAAGAAGAAAAUGCAGAUCGGCAGCCAACGCUUGGAAUUAAUUGCGUGUCGUUCAUGUUUGAUGAAAUUCGAUAUGAACUCAAUAGUACUGAAAUCGACCGUAACAGGAACGUUGGAAUGACUAGUCUUAUGAAGGGCUAUGCAUCAUAUUCAGGUGACUUCGCACAUUAUAUGGAGAAUGCCGGAUUUCCGCAUCCGGUGUUUGAUCAGACCGUGAAAAGACUAAUAACACGUGAUGGAUACUUUAAUUUUUACGUACCGUUAGGCAUGUUGUUGGGCUUUUGCGAAGAUUACAAACAUGUAGUAAUUAACGCACGUCAUGAAUUGAUUUUGAUACGAGCGCGCAACGACAACAACUACAUUGUGAGAGAUCCGGCGACAGAGCCGAAACUUGAAUUGUUCAAGAUACCGUGGCGAAUGCCUCACAUUACGUUGAAUGAAGUCAAUAAACUAUCCAUGUUGUGUGCUUUGGUGAGCGGACGAUAUCUGAGUAUGAGUUUCCGUUCAUGGGAUCUGUACGAGUAUCCUCUAUUGCCGAGCACGACGAAGCACUCGUGGGCUAUCAAGACGGCUACUCAGCUCGAAAAGCUGCGAUAUGUCAUCUUUGCUCUGCAGACUAAUAGAAAAAAUAACAUGGCAACACAUAAAACUUACCUCGACAAUUGUAAAUUAACCAACGUGAAACUCUAUCUGAACUCUAAAUUUUUUCCAUACGAUAAUCUGAAUCUGGACUUCGACAAACGCAGAACCGCUAUUUUGUACGAUAUUGAAGAUAUAGGCUGUAACAAAAAUAACGACAUUAUUCCAUCAGAAUAUCACUUGAAAUCGGUAAACGACGUCAUCAAAGAGACAUUAAUCGAAGAUCCCAUCGAUGAAACAGAGAGCCCAGAGGAAACACUAUUCGAGAAUUCAGAAAACGGUUGGACGGAAUGUGUUUUGUAG